AUGGAGCGGAGGUGGGUCUUCGUGCUGCUCGACGUGCUGUGCGUGCUGGUCGCCUCUCUGCCUUUCGCCAUCCUGACGCUCGUGAAUGCCCCAUACAAGCGAGGGUUCUACUGCAGUGAUGACUCCAUCCGGUACCCCUACCGUCCAGACACCAUCACUCAUGGGCUCAUGGCCGGGGUCAUCAUCACGACCACCGUCAUCCUUGUCUCGGCCGGAGAGGCCUACCUGGUGUACACGGACCGGCUCUACUCCCGCUCCAACUUCAACAACUACCUGGCCGCCGUCUACAAGGUGCUGGGGGCCUUCCUGUUCGGGGCGGCCGUGAGCCAGUCCCUCACUGACCUGGCCAAGUACAUGAUUGGCCGGCUGAGGCCCAACUUCCUGGCGGUGUGCGACCCCGACUGGAGCCGGGUCAACUGCUCCGUCUACGUCCAGGUGGAGAAGGUGUGCAGGGGGAGCCCUGCCAACGUCACCGAGUCCAGAUUGUCUUUCUACUCUGGACACUCCUCCUUUGGGAUGUACUGCAUGAUGUUCUUGGCGCUCUACGUGCAGGCGCGGCUCUGCUGGAAGUGGGCACGGCUGCUGCGGCCCACGGUGCAGUUCUUCCUGGUGGCCUUUGCCCUCUAUGUGGGCUACACCCGCGUAUCUGACCACAAACACCACUGGAGUGAUGUCCUCGUGGGCCUCCUGCAGGGGGCACUGGUGGCCGGCCUCACUGUUCGCUACAUCUCUGACUUCUUCAAAACCCGGCCCCCACAGCACUGCCUGGAAGAAGGGGAGCUGGAACGGAAGCCCAGCCUGUCCCUGACGCUGACCCUGGGCGAGGCUGACCGCAACCACUAUGGGUACCCAGCCUCCAACUCCUGA